AUGGAGAUGACUUCACCUGCACCUUCGCCUGCUGCUGAAUCUACACCUCAUACUUCUGAAACUGCCGACGACAUCUCUCAAACCGAGAAUCGCGCUCGCAAGAGGGCGAGGACCGAUGAGCAAUCUGUUUCCAGUACAUCUGCCACCUUGUCUGCGUCUGCCAUUGCCGUCCUUCCAUCCUCUUUGAUCAGCUUGCCCCUGGAGCUUCUGGCGGAGGUCCUUCUACUUACGAACUCACCUCGGGAUGUACUUGCUGUCGCCAGAUGUUCCAAGUUUCUAUGCAACACGCUCGUCAGCAACCCUUCGACGGAGUUCAUCUGGAAGCGCGUGAGGGCGACCUGUCUUCCUAGGGCUUUGCCCGAUCCCACGGAGAAUUUCACGGAAGCAUCUUACGCUGCGUACGUAUAUGACGCGGGCGCAUGCGAGGUCUGUGAGAAGCACACCGACCAUAUGUAUGCGUCGUUCGCCUUGAGAGUACGCCUCUGUAGAAACGACAGCUGUCGAAAUCGGUACAAAUCAUUAAUGGUAGAAGUAGGACAUCAAGGUGAUACAUGGGUUAGGAGAGCGGAAGAUCCCCGAUGUUUUGACACUAUUGCCGUGAACCUAAGUCCCUACAGCGACGUCCAGUUUGGCACUGUAAUGACGUGGGCAUUACGAGCUGACCGCGACAAAUACGAGAAGGAAGCUGCUGCACUGGGAGCUGAAAGUGUGUCUGAGGAAUUGAAGCAGAGCGUUUUCAGAAGGGUGAAGAUACAGAAAAAGAUACAAACUCACGCGAGGCUCAUCCUUCAGUGGCGCCUGGAGUACGAAAAGACCCACGCCGCUGUCAAGGUUCGAAACGAUAGAUUUAUCCUCGCAUUCUCUGAGCGCGAAGGCUGGAAGUCGAAAGAUGUGACCUCAUGCCAAAGCUAUAUCAGGCUGAGAAGGCAGAAAGAGCGAGUGCUCGAGAAGCUUACUGUCUAUGAUAUCGAAAGCAUUCGCCUCGAAUUGGAAGCCGAAUUGCUUCGCAUCUCCGAGGCACGGGAACGGCGAGAAUACGAAAGUAAUUACAGAAUUCGCCGAGAAGACAUUACGCAUCACUAUGAACGCCUGAAAUCGGCUCGCGGCCAGGUGCUUCCCUCGCUCUGCGAAUUUAGAAGACUUCCUGUGAUCAAAGCGAUGCAAGAAAAAACUAAUACUAAGGAGUCUUUGGCGAACGACCUCAAGACCUCUGGGCUUAUCGCCGAGCUGAUCAAGAACGACGUCUCGAAGUGGACCGACUCCGUCCGGAGCACGCUGUUGCGCUCACUCGGAUAUCAGCAGGAAUGGAGAUCCGCGAGCACCAAGCGGUUGCAUCCGCUCGACAGGCUCACUGCACGGUUCUGCUGCAGGAGAUGCAACAAGGUGGAAAGGCGGUAUAAGACGGAUGGUUGUUUGGACUCUGCUGGGGUUUGCGGGCAUCAGUGUCCAGGUCUCUCAAAGGCUGAGCUGAGGCAAUACCAGUGGAGCGCCAAUCAAUUCGUCAAGGACGAUAAGGCUUUUGCAGUCGUAUCGGAAGUCUUGAAGCAAAUGCAGGUGAAAGACGAUGACGCAACUUCAUUGACAAUCUCAAAAAAAUCUGGACGAAAUAUUCGAUGUCUGUCCUGCG